AUGACUCCCUUUGUGAGCGUCGUUUACGAUUAUACUGAUUGGCCAAUACUAAUAAACUAUUUAAAAACUGGGAUCUUAAUAUAUAAUAAAUUCAAAUCUCAAAUUCCAGGAUAUUUCUUUAAACGCGAAGUUGACUUCUUUUACUGUCCAAAACAAUGUGGUCGAAAAUAUAAAUAUAAAAAAGGAUUAGUUCGUCACCUUAAAUAUGAGUGUGGCGUGUCGCCUCAAUUUCAAUGUCCCAUUUGUAAUAAACUGUAUAAACAGCCAGAAACAUAUAAAAUGCAUUUAUUAACUAUACAUGGUAUCAAUAAAAAUGAUAAAAAGCAUCAUUAAUUAACUUUUAUUAAUUUAUUUACAAAAAUUAUUUUUUAUAUUAGUCAAUUACUAUUUGUAAUAGAACAAAUGUAUUAUUAUUUUUAAUUCAUUAAAAUCAAGUAAUUUUAUCUUGUAAAUAUUUUAUGUAUAUAGUAGUAUCAUUUUAAGAUUCAUUAGUAUCAAUCUUCUUGAUAAUCUAAAAGCUAUCACUGGUCGACUAAUUGUCAUAAGAUGCUGAUAUAACUUGUACCUGAUGUAAAUAUUAUUGUUAGCAUAAAUAUAUCAUGUAAUUCCAAA